UUUUAAAAAGCGCACGUGAACUUCUCAAGCGUCCGACACGCAAACGCGUUUUGAGCUCCUGUGAUUUGUUGUCUGAUUAAUUAAAAAUUAAAAAAAAAAAUUCUGAUCUGACUUUUCCUUAAGGUUUUCCAGACUAGCGUUAAAAAGAUCAUGGAGUUUGGUGUGACCCCGAGACGUCACAACCCCGUGGACAGCAUCUGCCGCAAGCUUCAGACGAUCCAACGGCGUGACCGUGAGCCUAACUCUCCUUUCCAGAUCCCUAAACUGCAGUCGAGCAGCUACGAAAGCCCUCACACCAGCCUGCGACGCAACCUGGACAGCAUCCUGAAGAAGCGCAAUGGUGAUGCGGAGCAGAACGUGCUGUGCUCACCGCUCGUGCUCACACCCGGUAUCUCAGGAAGCACUCCCAUGACACCCCUCAGUCCUGUUAACGCCACUUACACCAUCACCGGCACGCUGGGGACGCUGUCGGAGAAGAGCAGCGCGGCACCCGGGCACAGCCGAGCCUGGCAGCUUAGCAGCUCCACACCUGCUAUCCAGAACGGUGACGCUCGCUUCAGCUUCACUCCGAACAGCAAGGACAGGAGCAGAGCACCGCCGCAUGGCCUGCUCUCCUACAACCUUAACUUUUGCUCCUCAGAUGCCUCCACCAUUUUAGACUGCGAGCUGCCGUAUCCAGCCCUGGUGGUCAAGAGGCUCUCAAUGGGAGACGGUGCUUCGUUACCAUCCGAAUCCAAGAAAGAGAGUUUGGCGGAGGUCAGUCUGAUUUGUGAAGAGGAUCUGCUCGAUACUAUUUUCCAGGCCUGUGAUACACAUUGUAGAGGUAAAGUGUACGUGUCUCACAUCGUGGACUAUCUGAGACACACCACCAGUCGUAGCUCCGAGGACAGCGGGCUGGAGGAGCUGUGCAACAUGCUGGACCCUGAACACAAGGACAUCUCCAUUGACCUGGACACGUACCACGCUAUAAUGAAGGAGUGGAUCGAAGAUUGCCGCAAUCAGGUAAAGGACGAUAAAGACGAUGUGACUCAGGAGUCGGUCAAAUUGCCAGAUCACUUUGCAGCUAAGAGAUCGUUUCUGAUGAAUAUGACCUCCGGAAGUCUGGAGGCUUUUGGAGGAGAAGCUUCUAGAGCUGACCUCGAGACGUCUGAUCUGGUCUUCUGCGUGGCCGACCUGCAGUUUAAUAACCAGAAGCUUCAGGAGGAGGUUCGAAAGCUGAAGCAGGCGGCGGAGGUGAUGGAGGAAACCAACCAGAAACUCAUGGAAGAAAACGAGGAGCUGAAGACUCAGGCUAAAACGGGGCAGCAGCUGCUACAGAAGGAGCGCAUGCUGAAGGAGGAAGUGGAGGAGAUGAAGCUGACUUUAAGCUCUUGGGAGGAGAAUGGAGCUCGAGCUUCAGCUCAGAGAAAACAGAUGGAGCGAGAGAACCAGACUCUGAUCUCCAAGAUCGCUUCACUGCAGGACGAGAACAUGAAGGUGUCUGUGGAGGUGGCUGAGCUUCAGAAGAAGACCAAGACACUCUAUGAGCUCAACGCCGACCUGCAGGCUCAGACUCAUUCGUUCGACGCUGCCCUGACGGAGAAGGACGGGUUAAUUCAGGAGAAAACGAGGCAGAUCGAGGAGCUAAAGGCUGCAGUUAUGGAGUAUUCAUCAGUGACCGAAUUGCUGAGAGCAGAGAAGAGCAAGCUGGAGAGUCAGAUGCAGCUGCUGCAGCCGGAUAUGGCCAUUCCUGGUUUGUCUCUCUCAGUGGCGUACAGACUGAAUCAGACGAGUUCAGGUUCUCUGGAGACGGAGCUGGCCCUGGCGCAACAGAAUCCACCCGAGGGAACGGAGCUUUUCUCCUCCAUGUGCAUGGCCUCUCCUCUGGACGAGACUCUGGACCGCGAGGUUCUUCUCCUCCUGCAGGGUCCCACACCUGAGCAGAUGUCCAUGGAGUUUAAGCUCCUGAUCAACAAACUGAAGCAAGAGUUUAAAGAGGACACACUGGAGGUUCUCGCAGCUCUUCCAGGCUUUAUAAAGAGUCAGGAAGUGCAGGACACCAGCACUGGACACCCCACGCUCCAGGGCCUGCGAGUUCAGCUGGAGCAGCGGCGUAGCAACUGGACUCACGGCCUUGAGCAGCUAAAGCACUACACGGACUCACUGGAGAAGGAGCUGCUGAAGAUGGCCAGCAACAUGCGCCGGUCACGUACCGAGAUCCUGCACCUGUCCGUCAGGCUGCAAGAACAGGAAAAUCACAAACUGCUCUUACAUGAAGAACUGGAUCAGCUGAAGACUCAGCAGGACCACAGAGACGCCAGCACUCAGACCGACCCACCGCAGGUACCACAGAUUGUAGAUGAUGAGGAGAACUCCUCCCCAGAGUGGGACAGGGUGUAUCCUCUUCUCGACUCUCCUUCUGAAGAAGAAAGCGCUGAAUUCGAGAUGCACAUGCAGGAAGAUGAUGAGAAGCAGCCAGAUGAUGAUGCUGAUGAGACGGAGGAGCUACAGGAAGAUUCGAGCAAGCUCCAGAGCUUACAGGAGACGUGUUGUGGAGAAGACGGGAAGCAGGAAGUGAUGACCCCAGAGUCUGAGGCGGGUCCUCCAGGGGCGAGUCCUCCAGAGGAGGGUCCAUCGGAGGAGGGUCCUCCAGGGGCGAGUCCUCCAGAGGAGGGUCCAUCGGAGGAGGGUCCUCCAGGGGCGAGUCCUCCAGAGGAGGGUCCAUCGGAGGAGGGUCCAUCGGAGGAGGGUCCAUCGGAGGAGGGUCCAUCGGAGGAGGGUCCUCCAGGGGCGAGUCCUCCAGAGGAGGGUCCACCAGAGGCGAGUCUAAAUGGUUGUCCAGUGAGUCCACCACGGAGCAUCAUGGACAUCAUCUCAGAUACGCCGCUUGACAAGAACAGACUCAAGGAUCAUGCUGAACCUCAACAGGAGGAAGCCAGAUUCCCAGCAUGCAGCGGGCCUGAAGACACCCACGAGCAGGCUGUGUGCUGCAGUGCUUCUCUUUCACACUCCUACCCUCAGCGUGCUGAUGAAGUGACUCCUCUCCUAUCUGACUUCCCCCCCCCCCACUCCUCUGACCUGGUAUCUGCCCCAGCUUCUGCCCCUGCCCCGGGUCAGUCUUUCUCUUUAACAGGAAGUGCUCCUGAGGAAGCACCAGGACCUGAAGGAGAACAGGACGUCUCGGACAGUAUGAGCAGUGCGCAGAAACUGACACAGGAUCAGAUUUCUGCCGUGCCGACUGUACUAGAGAGGAGUGGUCUGUUGCCUGUAGCUGAGGAAGAGGAACCGAUGUCUGAGGCGACUCAGCAGGGGGCUGCAGCAGUUAAUUCCAAGGUAGUGAGUGGAGCAACAGGAACGAGUGCAGCCAAGGAUAACGGGGCGUCUGUCCCUCUGACCAUCAGAAGCAGAAUUAAAAAAGACCUGCUGAGUGAGACACCCAGCAGCAGUAUGGAGACCAUCGGAGAGCAGAGAUCUCAGGAAGACAGUGACACUCCAGAUAAAAAUGGUGUUAUUCCUGAAGAUGGUGAGACAGUGAGGGAGGAUGGACUGACUCAGAGUGAGAAAGACAUUGAGGCUGAGUUUCUCCGUCUGUCUCUGAGUCACCGCUGUGACAUGUUCACUCUGGAGAAGAGACUUCGUCUGGAGGAGCGCUCGAGGAACCUGGCCGAGGAGAACGUACGCAAAGAGGUGUCCAGCUGUCAGGGUCUGCUCCAGGCUCUGAUCCCUCUGUGUGGAGAUGAUAACCCCUCACUGGAGAUCAUCCAGCGGCUGCAGAAGAACCUGGACAUCCUGCUGCAGUCGGUCACCCGAGUGGCCAGUCGCUCUGAAAUGCUGGGCUCCAUUCACCAGGAGUCUCGCAUGGGGAAAGCAAUAGAGGUGAUGAUUCAACAUGUGGAGAACUUGAGGAGGACAUACACUAAAGAACACGCCGAGCUGCUGGAGCUCAGAGAGAACCACUUGCAGAAAGAAAGAUCCUUCCUCUCCCACACUGACCGGGAUGAGCUCAGGAAGAAAAAGGUCAGCGCUGAAUUCUAUAAGGUGGCGGCCCGACGUGUCAGUAUAGCCGCCAUCCCACGCAGCACCGGAGCACCGACACCCUCUGACAUGACUAAAGGUAUGACGGAGACGGAGAUGGAGAAGCUGGGGCACUGGUCACCCAGGAGCAUGUUUGGAAAGAGCUCUCAGCGAGCGCCUCUAAAGCGUUUUAUUAGUUGCUCUGAGACUGAAGCUGCUGUUCUUAGGAGUAGUGAUCCGAAUCCCAUGCCCACCAACAAUCAGAGUCCUUCGACUGAAAUGUCUUCAGCUUUUGGGAUGAAAGCGGCUCCUUCUGAGCUCCCCGAGGCUCCUAAAGGUGUCUGCACCUGGGCGGCAUUGAUGGUGGUGCUGGCCGCGUUUGUAGCGGUGUUGGGCAAGAUGCUGAUCCAACCGGCUGCAGACGCAGCUCCUGUAGGCACGGGUGACUCCUGGAUGGCCAUCCAGCAGAUUCUUUGGCCCUACACAGGGCUCCGGCACAACGGUCAGCCCCCUGUUUAGCAUUGUCACACCCCUGAGGCUACUAGCUUCAGAGAAGCACUUUUUUUUUUUACUGCAUGGAGGAAUAGUAUGACCAAGUUUUUCUUUCUUUCUUAACAAGAACAAUAAGAAGAUAAGAACUUCUUCACACGAUUAGCAAUGAUAUAAUGAGAGAAUGUUUUAAAGCGAGCGGGAAACUUCCUGAGAUGAAUCUCCAGACAGGACACAGACGGAAGCGGCUACCUUUUUAAGGAUUUUUUUUAACGUUAUGAUGAUAUCAACGUUUUUACUGACGGCUGAAGGAGUAAUGAACUUCCGUUUUAAACAAACAAAAAAGAGAGCCAUGCUAUUUGAAAUGCUAACUUAUUAUUUUAACGUUUAUUGCUUUAGCCAGAGUUUAAAUAGGGUUUCAAUAAUAUACAAGCAGUUUUUAUUCAUCUUCAGUUUUCAAGGUUUUUUUUUAUGAUGUUAUAAAGUUUUUGGUUUGUUGUGCACUGUUAUGGAUUCAAAGAUUGGGAGAAAACAUGAACUUUGACACAAUAAAGUUACUAAUCGAAUUGCGUUCACAACUUGCUACGGA